AUGGUCAACCGAGGAGAAGGAAGCGGCGGCGGCGGCUGUGUCUCCGGUGGUGGCGGUGGUGGCGGUGGUGGCGGUGGUGGCGUCGAAUCGCCCUUUCAGCGCUUCACAAGGUCGUCGAUCGGAUUUCUCACAUCGAAGAAUAGACUCCCGUGAUAUUUCCGGAUCUUUUCCUCGGGUCCUUCUGGUACCGAUGAACAACACGGGUUAUUCUCGGGCCGGAUCCGAGCCUACUACGUGUACACUCGUCUCACCUUUUAUAAAAAAAAUAAAUCACGAACGUAAAUAAAACGAAAAAACUGAAAGCUUGUUGAUCGGUUGACUUCAAAGUCUCCUUGACCGACGCCGGGAGUCAAACUUAGUUAGAGUCCCUGGUCAACGGCAUAGUCAACGGGUCGUCCCCUGCGGCCUCAUAAAAGAGAUAAUGGAGUUUUUGAGCCGAGAAAUCUUACUGGGUCCAUUUAUUUUCAUUCUACAUAUUACACAGGCGCACAUACGAGAUACUGGGCCGUGGGUUCAAUUGGGUUCUUCAGGCCCACGUAUGUUACCUCUGAAAGAAUGCAUGGAGAAUAUUCUAAUAAUUUAUGCGAUAAAAAUCCAACAUAUUUUUUGAAAAAAUUGAAUUAUCCUGGUACGAAAGAAUAAUUUAGUUAUACCCUAUGCAGAGGGGGAGAAGAGAUCUGAUGGGGUUAUAUAUUUAAAGACUGUGGGAGCGGGUGUAAGGUUGGUAUUUGACAAAAGUCCUUGAUGGAUGGGCAACUUUUAAAUAGAAUUAAGUUUGUGGGAAGAUUAGAAAUAGAUGGUUUUUAGAGGGAGAAAGGAAAAAGAGUAUCAACAGACUGCUUUUCCUGUUGUGGCUUGUACCCCUAG